UAGGAUAGAUCAGAGGCAUUCCGACUAGUAGAAACAUCGAAGGAAAAUCUUUGUGUUUUCUACUGAUUUUGUCCUCAUACAGAAUUAUUUACGAAUGAGUUUCCUGAUAUAUGAUGUCUAGUUCCUCCACAUACUAAUUUGAGUGUGUCGAUGUAAACGAUGGCGAGUGGUAGCAGACGCAAUAUGAAUAUUGUUACCACUGGGGCUGGGAAUUACGAUGAAGAUUAUAUACGCAAAAAACUGGAGAGAGCAAAUCAAAAGGUAGCUGCAGCUAUGCUAAAAGUCCAAAAGGCACAAAACCAAGUGAGUUAUAUAGAUGACAGUAGCAGUGAUUCUUCUGACGAUGACAUGGGGGAAACUCAUUAUCAUAAAGGAGCAAAGGGGAAACCUGAUGGUGCAGCAAUAAAAAUUAAAAAACAAAUUGGAAAUGGUAUCGCAAACAUAUCUAUAAACAGUGCCAAGAAUGUACAAGUGGGGGACCGGAAUGUUAUGGUGAUAAAUAGGGGCGGAAAGAGACCCCCCAAGGAAGAGAUGAUGGAGGACGACAUAUCCGCCAUCAGAGAUGCUCCCUCUGUGGAAAUGACUGGUCAGCAGCAGGCUGUAUUAGAUUUAGAAGAAAUUGUCGAUGAUAGGAAGUUGAGAGUCCUUGCCACUCAUAUUGGGAAGCAAUGGCGACGAAUAUUAAGAAAACUAGAAAUAUCAGAGGCAGAAAUUGAUCAACUCCAUAGUGACUUCAACGAACAGGGCAUUAUGACUGUCAUAUUUCAUGGACUGCAGAAAUGGAAACAAAAAAAUGCGAGAAAUGCGACAGUAGGAAAAUUGGUCAAAGUACUGUAUGAUGUUACCAAAAACAAGGAGGUCAUUGACAGCAUGAAUCAGCCAUUGUAAUAUAUGGUGGUUCUAAGAAACAGACAAAAUGUUUCAUUGAUGAAAGAUGAGCUAGUUUUGCAUUGUAUGUGUGAAAUUCAAGUUUGGAUCAUUGAUAUGAUUCUGAGUCAGCCUGUUGCUCGGACACGUCUUGUUUUUUUUAGCAGAUACAAACAAAAAACUGAGAAGAAACAACACUCAUUCACCCCUGAAGACACAUUUGAACUCUUCCAAUUCAAAGGUUGGAAUAGUUCAUUAUGAAAUUUCAGUGGUGCAUGAGUUAAGACUGUAAUUAAUGUUCAAUGUAGUGUGCUGGCAUGUUUCAGCCUAAAGGAGUCCGUCUUCCGAGCACGACUGCAUGUUGUUACUUACAGCUGUGGUACACUCUAUGGAACUGAGUACUUUACAGGGACAUCGGGUCUUCACCCCCAUGUGAUCUAUUGUAGAUAGACAUUUAAUUUUGUACAGGAUAGUGUGUUUUGAGAAGAGAUUUAUUUCUUAACUCUCCCAAAAAUACUGUAUGCCAGGAACCCUUAGCCCAGUAAAAUUUUCACCCGUCACUGGUAAAAUUUAUUUUUGCGCAGUGUUUUGCCUUGACAUGCAGGUGCUAUGUAUAGUUUAUUAUGUAAUUAUUUUCACUGUUGUGAUAAAUUCGCCCUCAUUACGGACGGGAAAAGGCAAACAAUAAACUACGGCUAAAAUUUCCCAGUACACAGUAAUCCCAUUAGUUUGCUACAGCAUAAAUCAAGUGAAGGCCGAACAUGUUGAUGAAAACAGACUAAGAAUCAAAAUUUCAAGAUUUUCAAGAAUUUUAUUGUUCUAGAACGUAUAUGCAUAUUAGUACUGUUAGAUGCAUUACCUAUGACAGACACCAAUCAAUUCAACAGCUAGUCAAGGAUCCCUGUCUCACUGCAUUGUGUUUUUUCUUAUAUUCAUUAACCUAGCUUCCCUUAAGUUCUAUUUGUAUACAAUUGUAGCACAGUUGGGUAAGAACACUGUUGGUAAGAACACUGUUGGGUAAGAACACUUUCGUUGACAUUGUAACGCAAUCUGUUAGAGCGAUAUCAUUGUAUAACAACCGGUUAGAGCGAUAUCAUUGUAUAACAUUCUGAAUUCCAGGUAUUUCACCUCAGUUUUUUCUCAUAAAAACCCCCUUUGGUAUGGUUUUCUUUUUAGAAAUGUUUUAUCAAAGCUGCAGUCAUGGCAGAAAACAGUUUUGAACACUUACAUAAAAAUGUAGGUACAGUUUUUGGCAGUGGUACGGGGAUCCAUAACUAUGUAUAUUCAGUAGUUUCGAGUUAUUUAAUUUGCUGAUACAUGUAUAUGACAGCACUUGUACAUUAAAAAUAAAUAAAUAACACUUACAUUUCAGUAUUAGGUACGACUGGGAUAAGUGUAGUUCUAAUUUGUUAUAAAUAAUUGUGUAAUUUAUUUUCACUCUUAAAUCAUGAUACUCAUAAUGUCAGCAUUGUUGAAAUAGCAAUUACAAUUUCUGUUUUCUUGCUAUAAUCCGACCAAUUUUCCAGCUCCUAUUGGUAAUUGCAUAUUUGAUGUGCUAAAUUUGAUUUUUUUUUUCUUUGUCAUUUUUUUUUUAACUCAUUCAUCCCUGAAGGCACAUUUCAACUCUUCCAAUUUAAAGGUUGGAAGAGUUCAUUAGGAAAUUUCAGGGGUGAUUUUAUUUAAUUAAAUAACUGUUUCAAGUCGAAAUCUGUUUUUCGAAAAUCCAAUCUCCUUCAUUAAGUUUGUCCUCCAGAGGAGUUCUCUUUAACAGUGAACUAUUUCUGGAUAAAUUGAUCUUGCAAUUUUUGUGUUACCAUGAGUUUCAACAGUCUUUGAUUAACGUACAGAUUUUCUGGUAUACCCAGAUAUUUCUUGUAAGUAACUCGGUAAGAAAAUAUUGGAGAGGAGGAAAAAGCUUUAAAGAAGGAAAUUUCCUUUAUUCCAGUAUUGCUUUGGAAAAUAAAAUCUUAAGAGAAGGAAAUUUUCCUUUAUUCCGGUAAUGCUUUGGCAGCAAAAUCUUUAGAAAUGGGAAUUUUCCUUUGUUCCAAUAUUGCUUCAGCAGAAAAAUCUUUUAGAGAAGGAUAUUUUUGGCAUUAUUGCUUCCCUGUGACAAAUCUUUAGUGGAGGGAUUUCCUUCAGUUAAGAAGCAUUCAUGAUGAUGGUGAAUAACUUAUUAUGUUACUUUCACCGACAAAAUGACAAGUGAUACUACACGAAAUACAUGUGAUAGUGUAAUGUAAUUGUAAUCUUCACAUUUUAAUUGAAUAUUUAUAAAAGAUACAUGUACAGUCGCUGAUUUAAAAUAAACCGUAAAUCAGGAUGUUU